AUGGGCUCGAUCUUUUCUCGCAUUCUUGGAAGGCUUUGGGGCGAUAAGGAGGUGAGAAUCUUGAUUCUCGGACUGGACGGAGCAGGAAAGACCACUAUCUUGUACAGACUCCAGGUCGGAGAGGUUGUAACAACCAUCCCCACCAUUGGAUUCAACGUUGAGACGGUGCAGUACAAAAAUAUCAAGUUCCAAGUGUGGGAUCUGGGAGGUCAGACAUCGAUCCGCCCAUACUGGAGAUGCUACUACGCCAACACGGAUGCUGUGAUUUACGUCGUCGACUCUGUGGAUCGUGACCGUGUAUCGACUGCCAAGGAGGAGCUGAUGGCCAUGUUGGAGGAGGACGAGCUCAAGGACGCUUCAUUGCUGGUUUUUGCCAACAAGCAGGAUAUGGCCGGCGCCAUGACCGCCGCCGAGGUCUCUGACGCCUUGGGACUCAGCACGUUAAUGAACCGUCAGUGGAGCAUCUACAAGACGAGCGCCGUCAAGGGUGAAGGACUCACAGAUGGCUUGGACUGGCUGAUCAACAUCUUGCAGAAAUAA